CUAAUAUAUCAACGCGUGCACAGAUAUAUAUACAUACUUUACGAAAAAAAUAGAUAUUAGAUAAUAGAAGUUAGAAUAAGGAAAGCGUUUCCAAAAAUACUUACAUAUGUUCUCCGACCUCCUAAAAAAGAAAGAAAGAAAAAAAAUAGGCACGGGAAACCCCGUGAGCGCCUGAUUCUACCUCAACUAGUUCACGUAACAUACAAGCAGGAGGUUCGGCAGGAGGCAAUAUUAAUUAAAAGUAGGAAAAUAAAGGUAAGGGGCAAACAUAUUUGCAUAAUAUUUUCCAUUUCAAAUACUUUUGCAAAUGGCGAUGGCAAUUUUUUAUAUUUUUAGUAACGAUGAUGAUGGAUGCGUACUUUCCGAUGUUUAAAAUACUAUUAAAGUUAAUGUCCUAAACACAUCUAAUUUUAAUCUUCUACAGUAUGUAUACUUGGAGUUUAAAAAAUUUUUCUGUAUCUAAUAUAUCAACACGUGCACAGAUAUAUACACAUACUUUACGAAAAAAAUAGAUAUUAGAUAAUAGAAGUUAGAAUAAGGAAAGCGUUUCCAGAAAUACUUACAUAUAUUCUCCGACCUUCUAAAAAGAAAAAAAAAAAAAUAAGCACGGGAAACCCCGUGAGCGCUUGAUUCUACCUCAACUAGUUCACGUGGCAUACAAGCAGGAGGCUCGGCAAUAUUAAUUAAGAGUAGGAAAGUGAAGGUAAGGGGCAAACAUGUUUGCGUAAUAUUUUCCAUUUUAAAUACUUUCGCGAAUGGAGAUGGCAACUUUAUAUUUUUAGUAACGAUGAUGAUGGAUGCGUACUUUCCGAUAUUUAAAAUGCCGGUCCGAUGGUUCGGAACUUUUAUUGACGCUCGAAAUUCUAUCUGGAUGCGAAACAUUCGCGGCAUGAUCGGCAAUCGGUUUCCUCAGAUACUUGACUUUCCACAAACGUAUCUUACCGUAUAAUCCGCCGAAAUGUACCAAGUUUCGGAGAAUCACGGUCGACUGAUUAACUAGGAGUCCUUUCCUAUCGAAGAAUAAUUACAUGAUUUUAGGUGCGAACGUCAAUGCAGGAAAAUUGUGUCGCGCGUAAACGUCAGAAGGGAAAGGCGUUGCGUUACUUUUGAAGCAAAAACCUCUUCUUCCUCCGGGGCCUGUGGCACAUAUGACGUCACCAUCGUCAUCCUCAUCAUCGCAAAGAUGAAGAAUUGACGGGCAUCCGCCCGAUGAUGAGAUUCCGCGAAGCACGAGACAACCAGUCUCCCAUCUUUCCGCUACAAGUAGACGCCGAUCUGAUGACGUCGACAUCGGAGGUGAAUAACGAGUCAUGUUAAGGGAACCAGUGGUGGUGGCUGUGAUCCGCCAAAAGGAAGUGAAAUGACGUCAAGAAGAAGGAAAGCGCGUAUUCUCGAUGAAGAAGAAGAAACCGCCGCCGCUGCCGCCACUUUGCGCAAAUGAAGAUACUCCUCUCCGGGGCCCCGGUCCUGAGGGGCUGCGGACAAGAAGACGUGAAAAGGAGAGGGGGCGAUUAGUCACAACGCUUCGCGUGUACCGGCACGCGCAAACCCCCCCCGUUAAAGUGGGGCAACACUAACCACGUGCGCAUUCGCGGGCAGGAUAAAAAAUCCUUCGGGGAUCAGAGAAUACUCAGUUUUAAGCAAACCACGAGACGAAGCCGAAGAAACGAGAAACGGACCAUUCGAAAGUGCCUGAACUAGAGACGCUGUUAAGGGAGGAGGAGUUAAAGCGAUUGCAUCAGUCUUAAAGAUUGCCGACUGCAAGGAUCUAUUUUCGGGCGAAUCAUAUAUCGACAUAAUGGCAGUAUUCGGCUGUAUCGGAUUGUGCCUGCCUGUUCUUUUUGCCUGUAUUGUCAGCAUGUCAAUUGUCCAAGGCCGGAAUCUGAGGCGGCGACACAAUCAUCAUUCUCAUCCAGAUUAUUAUUUGGAUUUCGAAGAAUCGAUACCGCGUGAUUUGUCGAGACGUUUCGAGGAUGACCUGGAGUAUCAGCAGGAUCUCUACAGGAGACCGAUGGAAAAGCGCGAAUUAUCCCGAAUACUCGAUCCCGUGGAAUACGAGGAACGAACACCACUACCUCAUCGAAAACACAUAAAUUAUGCCGAGUCCUUACGAAAGAAUGAAGCGCGCAAACAAGAGGACGUCAUCGAAGAUGCCUUGACCACGAGAUUUAACGUUCGCAGGAAGCGUCAACACAAUAAACACAGCGGCACGGUAAGUUAUCAGAAGUUCAGCGACCAGGACAAACAGGAGUUGGAGAUAAGCAAGCGGCGGCGCCAACAGCUCGAGCUGUACACCAGUACCAUCAGCGGCCUGCGCGCGCCCUUCGAGCUGGAGGUCAAGGAGGUGCAAAACAGCUCAAUCUGCAACUACACCGUGAAGUCGAUACCGAUACCUUACAACCGGACCAGGGUGCCGAAAGAUCUCGAGCACGUCAGGUGCAACUACGCCGGUAGCAGCUGCCAGGAUACUGGCAACUAUUGUUGCAUACAGACGUACAGGUACAUCGAAGUAUCGUACGACAACGGUGAAGACAGAGAGAAGAUGAAGAUCUACGUGGGUUGCGUGUGCGCUCUCCAGGAUCUCAAUAACGAUCUGCUAAGCCAAUCACAUUUACCCAUCUACGAUUGAUAUCGAGGACGAGCGAGGGAAAAUGACGACUUGCUAUGGUGAUGAUGUGAUAACGCAGUUCCUUGAUCUCCGAUCUCGCUGAAUCAAAUAGAAUGCGUUCCAUUUUCUCGAAUAAGAGGAACAUUCCGUUGUUGUCGUCAUAAUUCGUAAAUGAACGGCUAUCUUUUUUCUCUCUUUUCGCAUAGGAACUCGUUUGAAUUUUGCUAUCAUUGCUUCUAAUGACGUGCGAAUACCGGGAAUCCAGCAGAUUUAUUCAAUGUUUGACGUUCGAAUGGAUAGGGAGAAGUGUUGUAUGGCGUAACGUCGUGCAGUCUCAUCUAAGAUAGAAAUAAGAAAUCGCUACCGCAUGCAUUUGAUAUUUAUAGAUCCUCGACUCUCGCGGUUGUUGUUGCUAAACAAUGUGAUAAAACACGUAUUCGAUUCACAACAUAAUCGCUCAGGUAGUAUUAAAUCCGGUCGCACGUGUACAAUAUCACGUAUCCGAAUGCAAUUAUCAUCGCGCAUUCAUCACGUUCUCUAUUUAGAUGGAUAAUGAUUGCGGAGUGAAUCACAAAUGCCCAUUGUGAUUGACGCACAUUAUCUAUUUAUUGCAUAAAUCGUAUACAUAAUCGUAUACAUAAUAUCAUCUAUUUAUUCUCACCAGCAUCUAUAUUUAUUUAUUUAUCUAUUUAUUUAUUUAUUUAUUUAUUUAUCUGUAUUUGUAUUUAUUUUUCGCGAAUGCGUGCAUUAUACGAAGAUUUCUUCGCGAUUUAUCGAAAGUAAUGUGAUCUAUUUCGUGCCGGAAGUAAGGAGGAGACGUAACGAGAUAGCAACACAAUAUAUACAAUUGGAAUUUACAUACUCAGCAUAAUUGAUUUACGUAAUAAUAAGAUAAUACGACCGAUAUUUUCAUAUAAUAUAUAUUGAUCAAAAUAAGUGAAAUUUUAUAAAUCUUUUGACGCAAUCUUUUUACGCAAUCUUACAGUUAUAUAAUA